AUGUCAUCCCCAGCGCAAAACGAGCUGCGGUUCAAGAACCCAAGGAUCUUCGUUUGCGAUAUUCAAGAAAAGUUUCGCCAUGUCAUUCACGAAUUCGAUAGCAUCGUCCUCACCACCCAAAAGCUCCUCAAAUUCGCAAACACUCUCUCCGUUCCCGUCGUAACCACGACCCAGACCUCAGCCAAGCUUGGUCCCACAGUUUCAGCUCUGGCGCAGCUCCUCCCCUCGUCACCACACGACAAGACACGUUUCUCCAUGUCCAUUCCCUCCAUCACCGUCGAUCUACCUCAAGGCUCCGAAAUCGCUCUUGUCGGCAUUGAGUCUCAUAUCUGCAUUACCCAGACAGCGCUCGAUUUGCGCGACGCAGGGCAUAAGGUGUAUGUCAUUGCUGAUGGAGUAUCCAGCUGUAAUCCUCGCGAGGUCGACAUUGCCCUCGAUCGAUUGCGUGCCGAGCCCGGAAUCACGGUCACGUCGAGCGAGAGCUGGAUGUAUGAAUGCGUGGGAGAUUCGCAACACCCUGCUUUCAAGGGACUGAUUGGUGUUGUCAAGGAGUCAAUUGCAGACACCAGAAAGGUUUGGCAAGCCUUGCCUCCUGGAUCCAAGAUAUAG